AUGGUCAACGAACACGCCCCAGAUCUGGGCGACAAGGCCGCCGAAGCCGCCAGCGAUUUCUUCACCCAGAUUUUCUCGCUGAUUGAAACGGUCAUUCGUCGUCUCUGGACCAACACCAUCGCCUCCUUCUCCAACGUCAACGCCAAUCGCUGGACCAAGGUCGUGGGCAGUGUCGUCUUCUAUCUGGUCAUCCGUCCGUACAUUGAGCGAUUCUUUAAGUGGCUGCACGACCGCGAGCGCCAAAAGGAGAAGGAAAAGAAGGAAAAGGAAAAGGCCGAACGCGGUGGCAAGAAGGCCAAGGUCUCGGCGAAUAGCCUGCGCGGCGGCGAGAAGGGCAAGGUUCUUGGCGAGGUGGAAAACACCGACGAUGAGCUCGAGGAAGACGGAGAAGAUGAGCUCGCCCAGGCCAGCGGUGUACCCGAGUGGCACGGGAUGGCGCGCAAGAGACAAAAGAAGUAUCUGAAGAACCGGGCCAAGGGUCAGCGCGCGGAGAACCUGAGUGAGGAUCAGAUCAUGGAGCUCUUGGAUUGGAGCGAAGAAGAGACUGUCGACAAGAAAGCUGUCUAG